CGUUUCACUAACCGAUCGUAGAACGUAAACGUAGCCCUAAACGUGAACGUAGCACGUACGGCCGUUUCACUAAAAGUUACGACUUGCGAUUUACGAUUAAGAUCGAUCGUAACUCCACGAGUGGGCUAGGGCUAUCUUAACAAUACUUACGUGCACGUAAAGUCGGUAAACAAACAAAAUGGCUGCUCUUAUACUCAUGACAGACGACAUAGCGAGAAGACAAUUACGUCGAGAACGAGUGUUUCGAGACAGGGCGAAUCCACUUGACUACCUACAAGAUGUGGAGGUAGUCGAGAGAUAUCGGUUGCCUCGUCCGUUUAUUUACCAACUGAUGGACGUAAUUGCAGAGGAUUUGAAGAGGACAACACAAAGAAGCCACCCUCUUCCCGUUUCUACACAAGUGUUAGUAACAUUGAGGUAUUUGGCAAAGGCUUCCUUUUUUUCUGAAUGUGGAGAUCUACACGGAAUUUCUCGUGCGAGUGUCAGCAGAUCCAUCGAUGCUGUUACAAAAUCUAUUUGUUCAAAAAUUGAUAAUAUAAAUUUCCCCACAGAAAAUGAAGCCAUCCAAAUAAAGCAGGACUUUUUCAAGAUGGCAGGAUUUCCCAAUGUACUUGGGGCAAUUGAUGGGACCCUCAUUUCCAUCAUUGCUCCAAAGGAGAACGAGCCAGAGUACGUCUGCAGGAAGGGGUUUCAUGCAUUAAAUAUACAAGUUGUUGCUGACGCCUCCUUGAGAUUUCGUAAUGUGGUAUGCAAAUGGCCAGGCUCAGUUCAUGACUCUUUCAUGUUUUCGAACUCUGCUUUGAAAGACCAUAUGGAGGCUAGAGAUGAUGGAUGGCUUUUGGGUGACUCGGCAUAUGCUUUGAAGAAGUACAUGAUGACACCAAAGUUAAAUCCAUCUACCGCUGCUGAACAGUCGUUUAAUGCUGCACACAGCAGGACUCGUGUUGUGGUUGAAAGAGCACUAGGAGUAUGCAAGUCCCGCUUCAGGUGUAUACAUAAAUCUGGUGGAGUGCUUCUUUUUACCCCUGCAAAAUCUGUACAGAUCAUAAUGGCGUGUUUAAAGCUGCAUAAUAUGUGUGUACAGAUGAGGAUUCCAGCUGAGGAGAAUGAGGUACUGAUAAUGAAUCAGGAUGAUGCCCACCCACAGGUUCCCAAUGCUGCAGUUGACCAAACUGGACAGGCUAUAAGACAGCGGCUAAUCCAGCGAUUUAAUUAAAGUUAUACAUAUAUAUACCCACCUGCUGGGGGCCUGCUGGAAUUUGUGUGACUUGAACUUGAACCUGCUGAGGGCCUGCUGGAAUUUAUGUGACUCGAACUUGAACCUAAAAUGUUGAAAGUCAAGAGUUAAUAUGUGGGUGUGUUUGUGUGUGUAUAUAGAAAGAAGAUUGACAGGUAGACAGCCAGGUACUUCAGACUUGUGUGUGUGUGUGUGUGUGUGUGUGUGUGUGUGUGUGUGCAAUAAAUUUUCAGAUAAGCAGCUUA